UCUGACCUGAUGUAAGCAGAAUGUGAAUUUCAGUAACCUGAAACACUGGAAACAGCGCAGGUGAUGUUUACAGUUUGCCAUCCGUGAAAGAAUAACGACUGGAUGUAAAUGUCCGUUAUGUCUGCACGGCUCCGGUGAUCUUCUACGUUGUCGUUCCCGGUAGCAGAGUUUGGGAUUCGAUACCGAGUGACCGGAGUCUAGCUUCCCGGGCUCGGUUCAAGGCUUUUCAGCCUUCGCCACCGGGGAGGAAGCUUCGACUAGACGCAGGCUGCAAAGCCAGCGUGAGAAGAAACCUGCUCUACACAUGAGGAGGCAUCUGACCAGACAGACAUAACACAAGACACCCAGAGCCUAUGGAUCCCAUUGACUCUGAACAAGGGCAAGAAAAGCCAUCAGAGAAGAAUUGGGAUUUAAUGCCCAGCUCAAAAGGACGACAACGGAAGAAAAAUCCCAAAUAUUCUGAUUAUGAAACUGAUGCCACAGUUACUGUGCAAAAAACACCUAAAAAGAGCAGAAGGGGAGCAAAGAAAGCCUCUGAAACGACUCCGGCAAAGAUUGAAGAAGCUAAAAAUGCAACACAACAGGCUGCUGAUGGAGAAGAAAAAGCCACGAACAAAACACCUCAAGAGUCUAAUGGAAAAACCUCAGAGGAAACUCCUAAAAAGGCAGUGAGAGCCAAGAAGACCCCAUCAAAAAAGACUCCCGCCAAAAAGACUCCCGCCAAAAAAACUCCUGCCAAAAAAACUCCUGCCAAAAGAACUCCCAAAGCUGUUGGGACCCUCCCAGGUGGAGAGGGAGGAGUUGUAGAUAAUGUGCAGCAGGAAAAUGGGACACCAAAGCCAAAGAGAAAGUAUGUAAGGAAGCAGCAGAAAGCAACACCAGUUACUGAACCACCAUGUGAGGAGGCUCAAGGGGAACACCCAGCUGAACCUCAGGAGGAGAUCGAACCGGGCGGCCGCCGCAUGAGAGGUGCUGCUAAAGCGGCAUUGAAGUACCUCCACACCUUGGCAAAAGAGGUGCUUGGUCAUCCCAGUGAUGAGUCAGACUCCAAGCCAGGUGCCAACAGUGAAGGCGACGAAGACUCACUCAAAGAGCAGAAAACUCCCAAAGGAGGCAAAGGGCGUAAAGGCAAAAAGAGGAAACGUCCUGUUUUUGACAGUGAUGCCGAAGGUGAUGAGGACUUUGUCCCAGGUGCUGAAGAAGACGAGGUUGAGGAGAUGGAAGAUGAAGAAGAAGGAGAGGACACAGAUUUGGACUUAGACUUCAGGACCAGUGGACGAAGUCCGGCAGUUUAUCACCACAACAGGACCAAUACAGGCUCCAAUGCCAAAACCCCCAAUGGUCUCGCCGCGAGUGUCAUGAAAGUUGUUUGGGACGCCAUAGAGUCGACCAAGAAGUUCCGGGAGGAGCACUACAGCAGCUGGGUGUUCCCAGAGUGGGUCCCCACCACAAGUUCCUGGGACCUUGUUCCACAGAGUGAUGUGGAGAAAUACCUGCCCCAGGAGCUUCGCUCAGCUGCUUUCAAAUUGUCCAGAGAAGGCCUCAGUAAGGAAGGAACGCCUUUGCAAAGACUCAGCAGAUUUGAAGCAGCAGCUGCUCAUCCAGAACGCUGGGACAUGGUGCUGUACGCAGGAGGGCCGGUCUGGGCCAUGGAGUGGUGUCCGACACCUGAAGGUGCUCCGGCCUCCCAGUACAUCGCUCUGGCCUGUCAUCGAGGGAUGGAUGAGCAGCACUAUGUCAACAAGAUGUACUCCGGACCUGGACUGGUUCAGCUGUGGGACGUGUGCAAACUGGAGUACAACAGCAGGCCAGACUCCCAGCCAGCCUUCGCCUAUGGCUUGGCUCAGGACAAAGGCUUCAUCUGGCACCUGAAGUGGUGUCCCGCAGGAGGCUGGGAGCUGCCCAGCUGUGGCAGAAAGGCUCCUUUCCUGCCCAGACUGGGUCUUCUGGCAGCUGCCACCUCCACCGGUGUGGUCACCAUUUACAGCCUGCCCCACCCUGAUGCUCUGCACUCCAACAACAACCUCCCUGACUCUGGAAAACCCAGCCAGCAGCUGCCAAUAUACCAGGCUAAAGGAGUGUUAACACUGAAGCUGGGCUCCUUCAAAGCCCCUCGCCAGGAACACAGCGGACAGGUCCUGUCUAUGGACUGGCUGCCUGAAAAACCACACAACAUAAUGGCUAUUGGAUUCUAUGAUGGUAUAGUGGGUCUUUGGGAUCUGUCCACAAAGUCUGCGUUGUUGCGUGUGCGAGAGUCAGACGGGUCACUGAGUCUUCUGCCCUAUCGAUGCUUACUCGCUCACGACCAUGCUGUCCGGGCGCUGGCCUUCUGUCCUGCCUCCAGGCACCUGUUGGUGACGGCAGGAGAAGACCGUUACGUGAAGACGUGGGAUCUGAGGAGGCUCCAUGAUCCAAUCACCAUUCAGAAACGAUACCUGACCAAUGAAAUCUAUUGGCCGUUGAAUGCACCUGGCCUCCUGAUGGCCCAGGAAACCGCCUACGUAGCGAAGGGUUCACAAGGAGUCCAUUACUUUGACCAUUCCAUGAACUCCCUCUUUGCCAUUCCCAGGACUGGCACUCUGUGGUCCAUAUCUUACACUGAGUGGCUGAACAGCGUGGUGACAGCAGACAGCCUCGGUGAGGUGAUCCUCGCCCUGUUACCUCAGAUGACCAGCAGUCCUCCGUACCUCAAACGCACCAUAGAGAGACGCUUCCCCAUCUACUUCACAUCUGUGAUGCCUUAUGAUGAAAGUGAAAAAGAAAAUCAAGACCAGCAGGAAGGAGGAGAGGCGGAAGAACUAGAUACUGGAUCUGAAGGAGGGAAUGAGAACAGAGAAGAAGGAGGAAGAGGUGGAAACGAUAAAUAUCCCCCUCUACGGUUCCAGACCUACAAAGAGGCUGUGAAGAAAUACUGCCUCCACCAUACAGACAACGAUAUGCGAACCUUUGCACGAAGCGAGAGACGAGCUUUGUGGAAACGCAUGAAAGACACAGAAGUGAAGACAAAGAUGAACCUGGAUGAGAUGCCUUUGGCUUCACUGCACAAGGUGCGUUUCAACCCGAACAUGAACUGCCAUAUGUGGGUGGCGUCCGCAGGCCAGACGGGGCUGGUCAGGCUAAACUGUCUGAGGAGUAUGAUCAGCCCUCAUGUCAAGGAUAUGAUAAGCAAGAACCAGGCCCAGUUCAACGCACUAUACUCCCCAAAAGAGCAGACGGAGGCCGUCCACACCGAGACAGAGCAGCUAUAGCAGGAGUUUAACUUCAGAACCAGAAGGUGGAUCACACUGGCACACGAGUGUAUGACUGCAAAAACACAAACCUGCAAAAAAGUACUUAAAGGGUGGUGAAAACAACAUCAAUUUUCACUAGCACAUACACUAUACAUUUACUGUACAUCUUUUUGUUUUAAUCAUUUUUCAAGUGGCCAGUGUUCAGGCAUAAACAAAUGAUCAACCUGACCAACAGCAGCUCAAAAAAACUCUCCCAUGAAACUGAAAGUGUUUUAGUUAAAUGUGGAACCACAGGUAAGUAUAUAUUUUUACACUGUCACACCAGUGUCCCUUGUGUCUUGUCCAUUACGUCACAUGCUAUGUAGCCACGCCUCCUACAGUCGUCCUUUUCCACUCCGCUGUUGCAUUCUUUAACAUAUGCUCGGACAGAAGCUUGUUGCUGUAUGUGAGGUAGUUACCCUUUAAAAAACAACUGAAAAUAUAUAUUUUUGCUGACCUGUGGUUUAAGGACAUCUGUAGUGAUGUCAAGCUGCACUGAGAGCCUGCAGUACAACUUUACAUCACUGUCGGGUGUUUGUUGUCCAUAAAAACUUUGAACACGUUAAAAAUACCAACAAUAUACAUCCUACUUUCUUCACUCCUGUCAACAUAAUGCAAAGCUGACGUUACUGACAUGUGAGCAAACAAACAAGAUUCUGGUCACAACAUCGAUGAUAUAAAGAACUGCGUAACAAAAUGUGAGAAACGGGGUAAACCGCAAACCUUCUGGCUUUCUCAUUCAUUAAACAAUUCUGUUUCGGUUCUGAUUCUGUUCAAUUUAUAAUCAUCAAGACAUUCCAUUGCCGUUUAUGUGAAUUUUAGUUUUUUAGAUUUCUUUGCCUUGCUAGCAAGAGUGUACAGCUACAAGAACGUCAAUGUCGUUUGUUAACUCGUCUGAUUGGUUGGUCAAUUAAAUCACUUGUGCUAGGGUUGUUUCCAGAGUCUUAGCCACAAGAAUCUCUUAACAACAUACUUUUACUUUUUCUUUUUUUUUUUACAGUACCUUAAAAAUACACUGAUUUUGUUAUUGUGCCCCCUAAACCCAACCCACCUCACCAUUGAUGUUUUAAAACUGCAAACUGAGUUCCAAAACAUCAAUAACGAUUAAGAGUGUGUCUUAAAGAUCAUUUUUGCUGCUGUAUUUUUGUAUUUGACCAUUUUUCUCUUUUAUAAUGUUUAACAACUCAGGUUAUAGCUGAGGGGAAAUACUUGAAUAUUUUUAUUGUAACUCUGCUGGAUGUAAUGUUGACUAAUCUUUAGGUCUUUUUCUGUCUUGUUCUUUUCUUUACCUUUUGAAUUUAUUAUUGUUAUUUUGAUGAUUGAGUCAAAAUUUUUAAAUUGUAACAGCAGCAGUAUUGUGACAUGAUCUAAUUUAUUUUUCAGUGUCAACAAACAUUAAAAUAUAUAAUUAUUUCCAGAAGUUGACUUAGGGGUUUGAAAACAUACUUAUCAGUUUAGUUUCUUUCUAGUUAUUUACAAAUCACAUUGACAGUUUAUGAAUGAUGUUUAGUUAACACCAUGAUAAUGUCAGUCAUGAAAAAAUAAUUACUGACAUCAUUAUCUUGUUAUUCAUAAAAGUAUCAAAUCGUACAGGACCUGCUCUUAUUCUGUUCUGUUGUUAUUUUUGAAAUGUUGCCUAUA